AUGGCUGGUUUGCUUCACGGGACGCUUUUGGUCACCAUUUUCGGAAUUGAUAGGCUUCAACUUGGUAGCGGAUUCAAUACCUGUUGUGGGAAGUCACCUAGGAAAUUUCUUUCUGAAGUCAAGAGAACAGUACUUUUCCGUCCUAAGAUUGUUGGAUCCAAGCUCUAUGCAACAGUUGAUCUAGACAAGGCAAGAGUGGCACGUACCAGAGUGGUGGACAAAAAUCCAAGCCGCCCUGUUUGGAACGAGAAAUUCUACAUAUACUGCGCUCAUUUGACAUCAGAUGUGAUAUUCACAGUAAAAAAUGAUGAGCUAGUUGGUGCAACACUUCUUGGAAGAGCUUACCUGCCUGUUGAAGCCAUCAUCUAUGGGCAGGAGGUGGAUCGACAGGUUUCGAUCUUAGACGAGGGCCGAGACCCGAUUGGUUCGAAAAUUCGUGUUACGGUGCAGUACAUCCGAGCCACUGAAGAAAGUAAUCGGUCUUUGGGAACCCAAUACAAAGGGGUUCCCAGGACAUUCUUUAAUCAAAGACAAGGUUGCAGAGUCACUUUGUAUCAAGACGCUCAUGUUCCGGCUGGUUUUGAGCCACAAAUAUACUUAUCUGGUGGUCAAUUAUAUGAGCCUCAGAGAUGUUGGGAGGACAUAUUUGAUGCAAUCAUCAAUGCAAAGAACUUUAUCUACAUAACUGGGUGGUCUGUUUACACUCAAAUAACUUUGAUAAGGGAUCCAGAGAGGAGAAAAGCAGGAGAUGAUAUCACACUUGGGGAGCUUCUGAGGAAGAAGGCUGAUGAGGGUGUCACGGUUCUUUUGCUGGUUUGGGACGACCGGACAUCGGUCGAGGAGUUUAAGAAGGAUGGUCUUAUGGCGACACAUGAUCAGGAGAUCGGAGAGUACUUUAGGAACACCAAUGUGCAUUGCUUCCUGUGCCCACGGAAUCCGGAUAACGGGAGGAGCAUAGUUCAAGGGUUUGAGAUCUCCACCAUGUUCACCCACCAUCAGAAAACUGUUGUUGUUGAUAGUGAAAUUAAGGGGUCUCAAAAGAGGAGGGUUGUGACUUUUGUUGGCGGUAUUGAUCUUUGUGAUGGAAGGUAUGACACGUUGGAGCAUCCGCUUUUCGGUUCCUUGGGCACUACUCACUACAAUGAUUUUCACCAGCCCAACUUUCCGGGGGCUUCCAUAAAGAAAGGCGGUCCAAGGGAGCCUUGGCAUGACAUCCACUGCAGGCUGGAAGGGCCUGUUGCUUGGGAUGUCCUGUACAACUUUGAGCAAAGGUGGAAAAGGCAAGUUGGUAACAAGUUCUUAAUUCCUCUUAACAAGCUUGACCAAAUUCUAAUCCACCCCACACCUAAUACUACCUCAUCAAGUGAUGACACCGAGAAUUGGUAUGUUCAGCUGUUCCGAUCCAUCGAUGGAGGGGCGGUUUAUGGCUUCCCCGAAAACCACAAGGAAGCGACAGAAAUGGGGCUAGUCACUGGCAAGGACAACGUCAUUGACCGCAGCAUUCAGGAUGCUUAUAUUCACGCCAUUCGCCGAGCCAAAAACUUCAUCUACAUCGAAAAUCAGUACUUUCUCGGAAGCUCAUUCGGAUGGAGGUCUUCGGAUAUUAAGGUUCAGAACAUCAACGCUUUGCAUCUAAUACCUAAAGAGCUCUCACUGAAAAUCACAAGUAAAAUUGAAGCAAGGCAGAGAUUUUGUGUCUACAUUGUUAUCCCAAUGUGGCCUGAAGGUAUUCCCGAGAGUGGUUCUGUUCAGGCCAUAUUGGAUUGGCAAAGGCGGACAAUAGAAAUGAUGUAUACUGAUAUUGCUCAAGCUCUUCAACGACAAGGUUUAGAUGAAGACCCCAGGGAUUAUUUGACCUUUUUCUGCCUUGGGAACCGAGAGGAACCUGGGAAUUUAACAGAAUAUAGACCUCCAGAGAGACCAGAUCCUAACUCUGAUUACAGUAGAGCCCAACAAGCCCGACGUUUCAUGAUUUAUGUUCACUCCAAAAUGAUGAUCGUUGAUGAUGAAUACAUAAUAAUUGGAUCCGCCAACAUCAACCAAAGAUCCAUGGACGGCGCGAGGGACUCGGAGAUUGCCAUGGGAGCUUUCCAACCACACCAUGUAGCCAGCAAGGAACCAGCCAGAGGCCAGAUAUACGGCUUCCGAAUGGCGCUCUGGCGCGAACACCUCAGCGUGUUCUUGGAGAAGAGCACUUUCAAUCAUCCUGAAACUGUUGAAUGCAUCCAAAGGGUGAAUCAGAUUGCUCAAAGGAACUGGGAACGUUACUGUAGCGACACCUUUAACGGAGACCUCCCGGGACACCUGCUUCGCUACCCCAUUGAAGUAUCCAAAACUGGAGCUAUUACUACUCUUCCAGGGUUUGAGUUUUUCCCUGACAACAAGGCCAAAGUCCUGGGAGAAAAAUCUGAUUACCUUCCUCCAAUCCUCACCACCUAA